AAAGUGAUUGCUUGCCCCGCCCUUCAUACCCCAACCUACCCAAACGCACCCUUAAGAAUAAGAACUCCUUCCUCCGUUAUAACUCUCAUAAAUAAACCCCAAUAUUCAGCUCCCAAAAUAUCCUCCUUCAACUUCCUACUUUAUUCUCUCUAAAUUUUCAUUCUCCUUCAAAUUUAUUUCACACUCCUCUCACUACAAACGACAUGGCUAACGCGGCAUCUGGGAUGGCCGUGCAUGAUGUCUGCAAAUUAAGGUUCUUGGAGCUAAAAGCAAAAAGAACUCACCGAUUCAUUGUUUUCAAGAUAGAAGAGAAGCAAAAACAGGUUGUGGUUGAAAAAGUUGGUGAGCCAACUCAAAGCUACGAGGACUUUGCUGAAAGUCUUCCUGCUGAUGAAUGCAGAUAUGCCGUCUAUGAUUUUGACUUUGUGACUGAGGAAAAUUGCCAAAAAAGCAGGAUCUUUUUCAUCGCAUGGUCCCCUGACACAGCAAGAGUAAGAAGCAAGAUGAUCUAUGCCAGUUCAAAGGACAGAUUCAAGAGAGAGCUCGAUGGGAUUCAGGUUGAGUUGCAGGCUACUGAUCCAACUGAAAUGGGGCUUGAUGUAAUUAAAAGCCGGGCAAACUAGGUAUGGAUUGUUAGAUGUCAAGUAAGACCUGUAAGGGAGUAUCUUGAUGCAAUUGUCUUAAUUAAAUGUUCAUAGCUUGUAGGACAUAAACUUGGUUAGGGAUGUUAUCAGUGCCAAGCGCUGUUGUAUAUUUUCUAUUUGAUUCAGAACAAGCUUUAUGGUGGUCUAAUAUAAGGUGUGUUAUUUUCUUAAAAUUCA